GAAGGGAUCGCCAGAUUUAACUUUUGAAACAUAGUUUCUCACGAAAUUGGUGUGCCAUCUCCGCCCCCGUUACCCUUUUCUUUCCCUUCUUAUAUUCACUCUCUUUCUCUUCCCUUUACCCUUUAUUCUUCUUCUUCUUCUUCUUCUCUCCAAUAAUUGUUUUGCAUUGCAUUGCUCACUUCUCUUUCAUAUGGCUCCAGCCUUGGAAGCCCAAGUUCCAGAAGAGGCACAACAAACUGUGGCCAAUAACAACAGCUUCUUGAACAGUGUCAAUGAUGCUGCCUCACACAGAUCCAAAGUCACUGUUAUUGGAAGUGGCAACUGGGGCAGUGUUGCUGCUAAGCUCAUUUCAUCCAACACGCUCAGGCUUGGCUCCUUCCAUGAAGAAGUGAGGAUGUGGGUAUAUGAGGAGACAUUACCGAGUGGUGAGAAGCUCACAGAUGUCAUCAAUCGAACCAAUGAAAAUGUCAAAUAUCUUCCUGGAAUCAAGCUUGGCAAAAAUGUUGUUGCAGAUCCAGAUCUUGAAAAUGCAGUGAAGGAUUCCAACAUGUUAGUCUUUGUGACUCCACAUCAAUUUAUGGAAGGAAUAUGCAAAAGGCUUGUUGGGAAAAUAAGGGCAGAUGCUGAGGCUAUUUCCCUUGUUAAAGGGAUGGAGGUCAAGAUGGAAGGUCCAUGCAUGAUAUCUAGUCUUAUCUCCGAGCAACUGGGAAUCAAUUGUUCUGUUUUGAUGGGUGCCAACAUAGCAAAUGAGAUAGCAGUGGAGAAGUUUAGUGAAGCUACUGUUGGAUACAGGCACAACAGGGAAGUCGCUGAGAGAUGGGUUCAGUUGUUUUAUACUCCCUAUUUCAUUGUGACAGCUGUUCAGGAUGUUGAAGGGGUUGAACUAUGUGGAACUUUGAAAAAUGUUGUGGCCAUAGCAGCAGGUUUUGUUGAUGGCCUGGAGAUGGGAAACAAUACAAAAGCUGCAAUCAUGAGACUUGGUCUUAGAGAAAUGAAGGCAUUUUCAAAGAUGCUGUUUCCAUCUGUUAAGGACAGCACCUUUUUUGAGAGCUGUGGUGUAGCUGACCUUAUCACAACAUGCUUGGGUGGAAGAAACAGGAAAGUUGCUGAGGCCUAUGCAAAGAAUGGAGGGAAGAGAUCUUUUGAUGAACUUGAAGCAGAGAUGCUUCAAGGCCAGAAAUUGCAGGGUGUCUCAACUGCAAGUGAGGUUUAUGAGGUUCUAAGCCACAGGGGGUGGCUACAGUUAUUUCCUCUCUUCUCAACAGUGCAUGAAAUAAGCACUGGCCUACUUCCACCAUCAGCCAUAGUUGAAUACAGUGAGAAGCUACCAAGGUCCUUCUAAUUCAAAGCACAUUUGUUGAAUAAGCAAUAUAAUCUCAAGGGUAUACAAAUAGCAUGUUUUAGCUCUAUCGACUGUGGAAAACCUUUCAAAUGGAAAUGCUUUAGCUAUGCCAACAAGGGACUUGUUUCCACAGUUGAGGUUCUCUGAAGGUCAAGGAAGUUGCCUUUUAUAUCAAGUUAUAUUAUACAUGCUAUGCAACAAAACUUACAUAGUUUACAUAUACAAUAAAGUAGUAAUUUAUAUUUUUCUAUUGAUUGAUUUUUCCAUUUUCCACAAGAUAUUAACUGAGCUGUGUGUUUUAUUCCCCCAAUUUGGAUAAGGAAAAUGCUUUAGGAUUUAACACUUUGGGUUGUAUAUGUUGAAGGACAACAUUACCUGAAAUUAAUUUGCCUAUCGCUUCUCACUUUUUG